CCGGUUCCACUUGCUACAGGUGGUUGUAGUAUUUUCCGGGUUUUUAUUUGGACUUUUCCCUACUUUUCCUUGUGUUUUUUUCUUUUCUCCCCAGCUUGCACUCUGUCUGGUUGAAUUCGAAUAGACUUUGGGAGGCAACGUCUCCAGUCAGUGUACAGCAGCACAAAGUCCCAUGCUUUGAAAAACCAAAAUAUGGCGGGAUUGGAGGAUUACACUGCCUCGCAAAUAAUAGCAGCCAAAGGACGGCGAAGCGUCUUGGAUUUGUUUUAAAGCUGUGAGGGUUUUGCGUGAACAGUUUUUUGGUCCCGCUGGAGUUAUUGGUAUGAAAUAAAUAUGCCCUUUCACCAGAGGAGCGUUGAGCCGCGACGUGUGAGUAGGUUAUCGGCGAGGGAUGGCUGGAUACCGAGGGAAGAAGCCGGGAGACGCAAACUGCGAAAACCCGUGUUGUUCUCGUCUUUGGAUGAGGUCGGCUGUCACACAUUGACUAACAUAAUUCACCAACUUUCCGACCUUUCUCGACAUGCCAGCGACAUCUUCCUGGGCAUCGAGAUGGAGGCAGGGAUGGUGUUCAGGAGAUCCUGCAGGAUUCAGGGGCGGCUGCAUAGGCUGCAGGGUGAAAUCCGCAAGUUUGAUCCCAAGAAAACCAAAAUCCCGGUGUCCAACCUGGAUGAGGAGAGCAAGUGGACGGUUCAUUACACGGCCCCGUGGCACCAGCAGGAGAACGUCUUCCUGCCAGGCAGCAGGCCGCCCUGCGUAGAAGACCUCCACCGCCAGGCCAAAGUCAACCUCAAGACCGCCCUGCGAGAAUGCGACAAGUUGAGGAAAGAUGGUUUCCGGAGCUCUCAGUACUACUCUCAGGGUCCCACCUUUUCUGACCCCUUACAGUCUACCAGCAGCCUGCAGGAUGAGGAGGAGGAUGACAAUGACAAGAAGUCCACAGCUUCAUCAGCGGAGGAUGACAAAUCGCAGCUCUCCAUGAGGCCCCAGACCCCGCAGGGAGGGGGUGAAGAAGGGGAGGCAUACGAGGUUGACGGACAGGUCAUAUGGAACAAGGGCGCCCCGCUGCCCACCCCAGAGGAGAAGAUGAGGCAGGCUGCUCAGGCCGUGCCCACAGCCAUAGUCGCCAUCAACGUCACAGGGGCAGUGUUUGACCGACAGGCGAGCAUCCGGCGCUCCCUCAUUAACACUGACACCGUGUCCCGCCGGCCCAAGAAGGUCAAACGCAGAAAGACUAUAUCAGGGCUGCCUGACAACUUCAACCAUGAGCUAGCAAAAGGACACAGCGGAGACCUCCGGCCACAUUCCAUGUUCAUCCCAGGACAGUACUCUACCUUGGGCAGAGUUGGGAGCGUCAACUCAACGCUCCGGCGUUCCGACACCAGAGACUCGGGCUGCCAGACAGAAGAAGUGAAGAUCGUGCCCCCGUCCAUGAGAAGAAUCCGAGCUCAGAGAGGACAGGGGAUUGCUGCUCAAAUGGCCGGCCUCACCACCUCCUCCUCAACAGGAAGUAUAUCCAUCUCAAGUAGCGACAGCUCCGGGAUCCUGAUGCUGCCGCAGUACAACAGAGAUCCUUCACGAUUUCACAGUCUGCCCCGACAGGGCGCCAGGGUGUCCCUCAGCGCUGACCCCAUCUGUAGCAGCACCCCCAUCAAGUCCGAGGAGCAAAUUACACCUCAGAGGCAGAUUGGAAAGCUUCAGGUCGACAAUACAGUGGUGCACAUGAGAAACGCCCCGAGGACAGGCACCCUGCCCAGGCCCAAGUCUCAGGAGGUGAGGGGGACACAGGCCAGUGAUUGGGGUGGUGGUCCAGCAUGUGUUGUGUCCCCACACGCUGCCUACUCCACCUCAGUCAUCCCCAAUGCCACCCUGUCCAGCUCCUCUGAGGUCAUUACCCUGAACACCUCCGGUCAGCUCCCCCACUCCCCAGCCUCAGCUUACCCCACAGCCCGCCCGCUCAGUCUGGCUUCCUCCACCAACACAGACUCCAUGAUCUCCAGCCCAGCAGCCUUCUCCCACAGCUCCACCUGCCCAGCCCUGGCUACUUCUACCCCCACUCACACAUCAAAGGACGGCUGUCUAGUAGUCACAGCACCUGCAAGCGAGUCAGGGCACUCGGACAGCAGUAUACACAGCCACAGCACCUUGGCCCCCACGCCGCCAUCCUGUCCGCCAGAGGAGCAGUGGAUCUACGACACGCCAGAAAACGUGGUGGUUCCGCACCGCACGCUGACCUCCAGCUGCUCCACUCCUAUAAACCAGCUGUACAGCAGCCUGGACCUCUCCUCCAGGACCACUACUGACUCCAGCUCCCUCUAUUCCCAAGACAAUGAUGGAUACUACACCUCCAUGCACAUGGACUCCGGUCUGCGCUCUCGCAGCCACGGCAGCGGGCACGGUGCGGCACCCGGACGGGCCACCAGGCACAGCAUGUACGAGUGCCGCGAGAUGGCCAAUCAGGAAGACUCUGCCAGCUUGUACAGUGAUCGAUCGCUGUCCCGCAGCAUCUCCCUCCGCAAGGCCAAAAAGCCUCCGCUGCCCCCAGCUCGUACAGACUCCCUGCGGCGGAAGGCAAAUGCGAAAAAGCCCCUCGGAGGCGUCAGCGCCAUCAGCGGUGCGAAGGAGCCAAACGGCGCCAUGCUCAAUGAGACUCUAAUUGCCAGCUUGCAGCAGAGCCUUCAGAUGGGGCUGAGAGGAGGGAAAGGAAAGGGGGCUUCGCCUUCUUCACCCUCUCACAGCCCGAGCAGCGACUAUGAUGACCCUUGGGUGCUACGGCCACGCAGUCACAGUAGCAUCAGUGCAGGCAGCUCUGCAGCAUCGCUGGUUGCUAACGCCAACUGUGGCGGCGUGUCUAAUGUGUACUCGCUGUGCCACGUGACGCCCGCUCACAGCGACACCAGCAGCUUGCGCUCAGACUACGCUGAUUCCUGGGGCUACUACAUGGACUACCCUCGUAACCAUGGAGACCAGAGGGCACAGACACCUCCGGUACACGCCACAGAGAGAGAGAUGUCGGCUGGGGCUCACCCGGGAGAGUUACAGAACGGAGGUGAGAUUCUCAACGACGGCCAGGCCCCCGGAGCUCCAGGCCAGGAGGGAGGGGUGGCAAUGAAGCCCAAAAUGUCCACCUCCUCACCAGACAGGGUGCACAGGCUGACCUCCCCAUCUAGCGGCUACUCCAGCCAGUCCAACACCCCGACAGCUGGAACCCCAGUGCCCUCCUUUGUCAGGUCCAUGUCUCCCUCAGGCAGCCGGCCCAGGCCCAAAGUCCCGGAGAGAAAGUCCUCUCUCCUGUCCUCUGUAUCCAUGUCCUCCUCCUCCACCUCCCUGUCCUCCAACACCUCGGACUCACUUAAAAGCUCCGGACCUCCUCCUCCACCACCUCCACCCUUGCCCCUCUCCUCCUCGUCAGCUCCCACCACCCCUCUGAGCCCACCUCCACCCUUCCCUCCCCCUCUACCACCAUGUUCCAGUGCAGGCCCUCCUCCACCAGCUCCCCCGUUGCCAACCACUCCCCAGGGUCCAACUUUGAUGCCACCCCCUGUUUCCUCCACCUCCCCAGAAUUCCCUCCUCCUCCAUCCCCUGAAAUGCUAAUCCACUCCAGCUCAUCCUUCAAUACGAGCUUCAGUCCUCCCCCUCCACCUCCCCCACCUGUCCCCUCCAUGGGGCCCCCUCCACCUCCUCCACUGCCUGCUUUUGCCCCACCUUCCUCCUCCCCAUCUUAUGUCAAGGCGGGGAAAGAUGCUCCUAAACCAGCUCUUUCUAACAGCCCUACAAAGUCACCCAAGCCCCUGAUCACCCCGUUUGCGCUGCAGAGCAUUCAGCUUCGCUCCGUUAAACGGUCAGAGAAGGAGAUUAACGGCCAAUCGGACCACACCAAAGCUCAGGAAACAGGCAUGGAUCUCCUUCAGGGUCUAAAGCCCCAGACCCUGGAGAAGUCUAAUUCCCUGGAGCAUCCCACUGUGAUACACCUGUCAAACUGCUCCCCUGAAGAAGGUUCACGUAACUCCUCACCAUCCCCUGUGUCAAAGCUCUUAGAAGAGUUGUCUUUAGACUGCAGUAUCACAGAUGACACACCAGAUAGUGCUGUCACAAAUGGAAAAGCCGAGGAUCAGAGUUACAUUCUCUUGAAUGGUAAAGAAGGAGUCGAAGUGCGGGAAUCUUUGCCUAGUCCCCCGCGGAGCUCCCAAAGCUCUCCUGUCAAACAGAAGCCCCCAGUUGUCUCCAAGAAACCCCAAAUCUCUUUUCUCCCACCGUUUAGUCCCAAACUAAUUAAAGAACAGGUUGCAUCUCAGCAUGAGGACAGCCGUUUACAAGACCAAGUAGAUGCGCCGCAAACUCAAAUAAAGACAGAAGAGACUAAAAGUGAGCAACAGGAGGAAGAGGAAACCUCAAAGAGCUCCGAGCUUCUAGCAGAGAGCAGUGAAACAUUCACAGCAACCCAAGACGAGUUCGACAUUUCUACUUCUGCCAGCCAGGAGACAAGUGUCGACUAUGGACUGUGUACCAAUGGAGACACUCAUGAAGAGGAAGAGGAGGGAGAUGGAGCGAGCAGCACAACUGGAUCCAUCAGCUCCAAGGAGGACGACACUGGUGAGGUGUUCUACUCCAGCACGGCUGAAUCGUCUCCGGCCCCGUCAGCCAACGGGGCCUCCGAGGAGAACAUGGUGACCCCGACCCCGACUCCUACACGGGCCCGAACCACUGAGGACCUUUUUGCUGCCAUUCACAGGUCGAAGCGCAAGGUCCUGGGUCGCAAGGAGUCAGAGGAGGACAAGUCCCGGGUUGGGAGCCAACAACAGUCUCCACCCGCCACUCCAACAGGCGGGUCCCCGGCGCUGGCAUCCACCUUGCCCCGUCAGUCGGGCUCCAUCCAGCGCAACCUCCGCAAGUCCUCCACCAGCAGCGACACCUUCAAGGCCCUCCUGCUGAAGAAGGGCAGCCGCUCAGAGACCAGCUUCAGGAUGUCAGCCACCGAGAUGCUCCGCUCCACCGACCCUCGCUUCCAGAGAACACACUCCGAGUCGGCGCUGGACUCCCCCGCCGGGUCGCCGUUGUCCCCGCACAGCCCCAGCACCUCCCCCGGCCGCGGUAAAAGGGCGACAGAUGAGUGGAGCCGAUACGAGGCCCUGGCUCUGUCCUCGCCGCCGUCAUCGUCCUUUUCUAUGAGCGGAUUAAAGUACGGCCGCUCUCGCACGCCGCCCUCUGCUGCCAGCAGCAAGUAUAACGCUCGCAGCCGAAUCCUCAGCAGCCCAAUGACAGUAAUCUGCGAGCGCGAGGGGGAGCUGGCAGAGAGCGAGCAUGGAGACACUGCAGAAAGUGUGUCUGGACCCACGGCUCAGACUCUCCCUGUACUCAAUAACUCCAAUGGCACUUUAUCUGAAGAGAGCAGAAGUUAAAGAGCAAACGCCGCCCCUUAGAUUCAGGGAGCUGGACUCACUCGUCAUAACCAGGUAGGGGGCAGGAAGAGGAGCCAAUAGAGACACCUUCCUGAGCCCCACCCCCUCGGCGCUGCCUCUGGGGGAGCGGACAUGUCGGAUCCUGAUGUAAGGUCAGAGGUCGCCCCGUCGUGGACCGGGCUAGUCUGAAGUGGAGAACUGGUUCUGCUGCAGCUUUUCAAGACUCCCAUGAUUCUCGGUCUGUCCUUCGUUUGGUGACUCACCCUUUGUGUUAAAAGAAUAGUUUUUCUUUUUACGCCUGGUGUUCUUUAGUUUGUUUUCCAUUUGUUUUGCUGUUGUUGUUUUUUUAACUUCAUCUUGUCCUUAACACGCAUGAAUUUUAAGUUUCUUUGAAGGACGAGGUUAAGACGGUAGGGCGAGUCGAAGGAAGUCAAAAGUUGUAACUUUGCUGCUGUGGUGCUACGUAGCUUGGAAAGAGUGGAAUGUAGAGGCGUGCUGGACGCUCGCCCCGUGAAUCUUCUCAGCUUCUGCUUCUCUUCUGUUGGCUCUGGAAAGUGUUUGAAAGCACCACGGUUUGCAAGCGCUGGCUUCAAACAGCCCAUAACAUUGUGGAAAGAACCGGAGAAUGUGGUACAACAAGACAGACAGCUCCACGGUACAGUUUGAGCUGUGGUUAUUGCCAGGUUUUGCUUUCUGCUCUUAGGUCAGAGGUUUAGUUUGCACAGCUGGUAUGUUCAGUGGUCAGUAGGAAGUGCAGAGGGCUCAGUGCUGUCACCUAGUGAUGGCCAGGAAGUAAAAAAAAAAAUUAUGAAAAAAACUCAACCAAAACAGCAAAUUUACUCUACUAUAAAAAAGGCUCCUAAAACCUCUAUUAACUGAAUUUUAGUUUGUAGAUUUUGCACUGUGCAUAGGUCUUUUUCUUUGUUUGUGACUUAAAAAACUAUGUUUUAAGAGAUUGUUUUAAUAAACAAGUGAUGUCAUGACUUGUGUUUGGGAGUUAAGUAUCAAUAUAUAAAUGUAAAGGCAGAAUUUACAUUAGAAGAAAUGCUUAUUUUACUGUCUGGGUCUUUUGGGGGUCAUGUUGGUUACCAAAGAGCUGAAAAAUAAUCUGUAAGUGAACACAAUCUGAGAGUGUGACUGCUUGUCUGACACCCUGCAUUCGGUCCAGUUGUCGCUAAGUUUGCUGAGAACUACUAGAAGCUUCUUAGGGCUUAAAGUUUAUAUUAUAUAAUGCUUUUGACCUUUCUGCUAAGUUUAUCCUUUUGCAGUUUUAUAUGAUUCUGUGUGUAAAUACAUAGAGAAAGGAGUUUUAAGUAACAUUUUGACUUAUUUUCAAACUGUACAUUUUUUAGAGCCCUGUGUUUGCUGGAAGGGAGUGGUUUCCUUUUUGUAGAUUAUUUAUUUUCACAUAGCAGGGCUGCGAAACAUUUCACGGCGAUCAGAGGCACGGGGUAGGGUUAGGAGGGCCACAUUUAC